GAUCACCAGAAAUCAGAGCUUCAUCUGUAAUCGAUUGGUUGCCGAUCCGAUCGCCUCCAAAAAGCAUAGCUUCUCGAUAACCAGCACAACGUCGACGAUGGCCGGGGACGGGGCGGCGUGGAGGAAGACGGCGGGAAUAGCGCCUAGAAGAGAUGACAUUUUGCUGCUCUGUUGUUUCUCGAGUUGCAGACACAGGGAAACAUCAACUUUGGAAAAAUGAGUUUAUGCCACAAUCUGUCACCCAUGAAAGGUGGAACACUUGAAGUAUUUCUUGGCGAUGCUGAAGACAUUAGACACACAAAUAUUCUGGGAACACCAGUCUAUUAUGUCAUUACACAAUUGGGAAGUCACGAACACAGAAGCAGGGUAUCAAAAGUUUGAGCAAUUACCCGGGUCUGAAUUUUGGUGUUCUUAAGCUCCAACAGAAAUUUUGGAACUUUCCUGCAGAUUGAUUGAGAAAACAGUGUGCAAUGGAUAAUUUAUCGAAUUCGGAUGGAAUUUCCGAUCUGGGUUAUCAGCCUUCGACUUCUUCCGUCGACCAGAAAGAUCAGUCAAGCACAGAGACUCCGGGGUGUUCAACUCUUAGCAGUGAUUUUUUUGCACAUUGCCGGACUUAUUCAGAGACUUCAACCUUAUCAUACCCGGUGGAUGAUAGCAGCAGUUACUGCAGUGAGGCUUCUCCUUCUCAGUCUCUGGCCAUGAGACCCGAUUACCAGAAUCAGGCUGUUCUUAGUAGACAAGGGACGAAGCAGCACAAGAAGAUUGUAGAAGAUAGACUUGAUGAUCUAGAAUCACUGGAUUCAGAGCUGGAAAUGAUGAAGGAAAGAUUUUCAAAGCUUUUACUGGGGGAAGACAUGUCAGGAGGUGGCAAAGGUGUAUGCACAGCAGUCACAAUCUCAAAUGCCAUAACCAAUCUCUAUGCAACUGUUUUUGGGCAAAAUUUGAGGUUAGAGCCUAUGAAUCUUGAAAAGAAGGCAAUGUGGAAAAGAGAAAUGAACUGUCUUCUGUCUGUCUGUGAUUACAUGGUAGAAUUUAUCCCCAAAUCACAAAAAUUGCACAAUGGAACGUCUGUUGAGAUAAUAAAAAGCAGGCCAAGAUCAGAUAUUUAUAUCAACCUUCCUGCUUUGAGAAAGCUGGAUGCAAUGCUCAUAGAAAUACUGGAUGGUUUCAAGGAUAGGGAAUUCUGGUAUGCAGAACAUGGGAGCACAUCAUCAAAUUCGACUCGUUCAGGUUCAUUUCGUAGGGUUGUUCAGCAGAAAGAGGAGAAAUGGUGGGUUCCAGUGCCGUGUGUUCCUCCAGCAGGACUCUCAGAGAAAUCAAGGAAGCAUCUGCAGCACAAACGUGACUGUGCUAAACAGAUUCAUAAAGCAGCCAUGGCUAUCAACAGCAGCAUUCUUUCUGAGAUGGCAAUUCCGGACACUUUCAUAGCAUCUCUCCCAAAGAGUGGAAAAGCCAGUCUUGGGGAUACCAUUUACUGCGACAUGUAUACUGCAGACAAAUUCUGCCCUGAGUAUCUCCUAGACAGACUGAAUAUAUCAUCCGAACACGAAGCACUUGGGCUUGCUGAUCGAGUGGAAGCUUCAAUGUAUACAUGGAGAAGAAAAGCAUGUAUGAAUUAUUCAAAAUUGUCCUGGAAAGUGGUUAAGGAUCUAAUGUCUGACAUGGAGGAAGGCAACAAGAAUUAUAUCCUGGCUGAAAGAGCAGAGAGCUUGUUAUUUUACCUGAAGCAAAGAUAUCCAGGACUCGCGCAGACUUCCUUAGAUAUAUGCAAGAUCCAAUACAACAAGGAUGUGGGGCAAGCAAUCCUAGAGAGCUACUCAAGAGUAUUAGAAGGGCUAGCUUUCAACAUUGUUGCUUGGAUAGAGGAUGUUCUUUACGAGGACCAAAUGCUGAGAAAUCAAGAGUGAAAGAAACGGCAAGGAAAUUAGGCAUCAGAGAGGGAUGAUUUCCGAUCCCAAUCAUCUUCUCAAGUUAGCAAUCAGUUCAAGACAAUGAACAGAAUGUGUAUCA